AAAGACUUAUCUGUGCGAAGCGCAUACAACUUAAACUCUAACAGGUCCUAUACUAACUUUUCCACCAUCGCUGUUUGGGCGAUUGUUCUCUGGCCUGUUCUCUGGCCGCUGACUUUGCCUGCGCUAUACGCAAACAAGCAAACCAAACGACUUAGUCGCUGAUAUUCCAUUGGGCCGCCCGCCGCAUUAGGUAGCCAGUCGCUCUAGACGCGCCAGCCAGCAGUGCAGGCGCGAGCCGCUAAAAAUGAGCUAUGAUGAGGUGGAGAUUGAGGACAUGACGUGGAACGAAAAGCUGCAAGCGUACACGUACCCGUGCCCAUGCGGCGACCUCUUCCAAAUUACCCUGGAGGAGCUGCGAGCAGGCGAGGAAAUUGCCCGAUGCCCCAGCUGCAGCCUCUACAUCACGGUCAUCUAUGACCCGGAAGAUUAUGAGAACGCAGAGCCACCAACGAGAGGAACCGACAGUAAAGUGCCUUCGGCGGCACCUCAGCCUUCUGAGGUGGAAGUCCACUGAUGACACGGAGUGCCUGCUAGGCCGACGAGUUCGGUGUAGUGGGGCGUGCUGGAUGCAUCAAGCUGCGCAUCAAUGCGGCUGAGAGUUGCAAUGCCUCUGCAGUUUGAGGCACUAUGAGCUCAACGUGCAGCACGUGGUUGCGUGCAAGGCUGCGUGCGACCCCACUAGCGCACGAGACGUGUCACAGCAAGAGACUGAAAGCAUGUUAUAGCACUUCCAAGUGGUUGCACUGGCCUGACGCGAUUGUGCAUGCUUGGACGGCGUCACAUUGCGAGUUGUGGGAUAGAAAUGCAGGAUGGCGAGCCGCAUCACUUCUGGACGGCGGGCACUUAGCAUGGGGUCCGGAGUGAUCGCACUGCGCAUGCAUUUGGCUUGAGCGACGGUUGUAGCAAGGGACGAGGUUGAGCUGAGCGAGGAGGGGCUGUCAUUUUGUUAGGCGGGGGCGCGGAGCAAUCCACCCACUGCACGCGGGUAGGACAACAUCAAAGCGAAGUAUGUAGUGAUAUCAGGUAGCAACAAUGUGUGGGCGUGGCGCAGAGGUGCCCUGCUGUGGCGCUCGGCAACUGCUCUAUCCGACCACCCACCACGCUUUUGUUGUGAGCGUGGUCGGGUGCUCUGAGGUCUGCGGGGUCGGCGCUGCAUGCAUGAAGACUGAACACGUGUUCGGGCAUGGGCCGUGCCGCAAUGCUGAAGGCCCCCAGCAUUGCACUUGUCCAUGCGGGCGGGGCGGGGGUCUUACUGGCACGACCGUGCGUACUACCAAUCAAUUAGAAAUAUGUGAGAGACUUCAUUGUAGGGUUGCAUGGCACGCAGGCACGGACUGAGGCACUGGGGUGGAUUGAUGUGCGGGACAGGCAAGCCGGGGACAGGUGAAGUGAUAUGAUAUGACCACGGCACCACUGCUGAGUGACUACAGUCGACUUCAGUGUGCAGACAUAGCUGACUUACCUGAGCACACGUGGUGCAGGUGUCAGAGUCUCACGUCUCCAUGAAGUCGGGCGUGUAUUUCUCAGAUGAGGUGCGGCGAGUAGAUGGGCGGCCGACAACUGGGCGUCUUGCCCUGCCAUGCGCCUCAUGCGCCUCCGCCUCUUAUACCAUCUGCAUAUAUUUGCAUGCAGCUGAACUGCAAAACCGCAGGCCGUUUGGAAAGCAAAAGGCCAGGGCAGAGUGGAGCCACUGAAUCGUCGGCUGCGUCACACGUCUGUCACAACGGGCGGUGCAUUGCUGCCUAGCUAGGGCGACAAGUGUUCCCCGGUCCGCGUGCGUGCUAGGGGCGCUAGGUGCAACGCAUUGCAGUGUGACAGGCCGUGAUGGGAAGGCGCGGCGUGCAUGUGCGUAGAGGGGGCGGGCGUGCUGUCUUUGUUACUAAGCAUUGAACGCAGCACCGGCGGGUUGUGUGCGCGUGUGUGUUAGGGACGCUAAGUGCAGCGCGUGCGAGUGUGACGGGGUGUGAGGGGAAGGCUUGGUGUGCGUGUGCGCAGAGGGGGCGGGCGUGCUGUCUUUGCUAUGAACCAUGGACGCAGCACUGGCAGGUUGUGUGCGCGUGUGUGCUAGGGGCACUACGUGCAACGCAUUGCAGUGUGACAGGCCGUGAUGGGAAGGCGCGGCGUGCGUGUGCGUAGAGGGGACGGGGCUGGGGCCAUGUCGAUAGGGCGAAAAAAUGUCAACCUGCUACGGCGCCGCUGCCCUGGCAUUUAAUCUGGGCUGAUGGCUAACCUCUGGCUAGGCGCUGGAGAGGCAGAGGAGGGGCCUGGGCCGAAAACGUGUAACACGUAGCAUGG